AUGAUCGGAAACGAGUCCGCCACCAGUAAGUCAGCCAUUGCACUUUUCAUCUUCUUGGGCGUCGCCCUCCUCUUCGUCCCCUGCAUGUACAUCAUCAUCGUCAAAUUCCGACGCAGCAGGAAGCAUCGAGCACAGAAUAAAGCUGAAGAAGGCAACGCGGAGUACUGGGCCGAAAUGGCAGCCAACAAGCCUCAAUUGCCAGUGGUUGCUCAGCCCAAAAAGACACUACCAAUGGUCUACCGCAAUGAGUCAGGCUAUUUCGAGCGUCCGGCUCUCAAGGCAGAUGGGACAUACGAAGCACCGAAGUCGUUCCUGCAGGAGCUGCAACGAGAGGAAGAGGCUCUUAAGGAAGGCCGACACACUCAAUUCGAAACCCUCUAUUUCGCGGGAGCUACGCGACCAGUCACUCCUCCCCUUCCUCCAGCAGCUCACACCCAGUAUCCCUUUGCUCAAGCAGAAAGCCGCCUACUGACACCAUUCCAGCAGCCUGAAGCCAUUGUGCUGCCAGACGCACCGAAGCCGAGGAAGAGCGUCAAGAGCAAGAUUGAAGAAGAGGGCACCGCCGUCCAAUUUGUUAGCCGCGGCCGCGCCGGCGUCGGCAACCCGGACCGAGUGCGUAGCAAGGUCGCACACAUUGACGAUGCCAGCCUCGAGGAGGUCGACUUCCACAGUCACACCAAGGCGCCGCCUGGUUGGAUCUAA